GAACCCAUUCCAUUUGAUACAGAAAACCCCUUUUAUGCAAAAAAAAAAAAAAAAAAAAUAAUAAAAAAAAUAACAUCUGUAAUAAAAAAUAUUUUUUUUAUAUAAAUGAGUUUAGAACAGUGGUUGGGCUGUGACCCCAAAAAGGGUUGCAGGUCUGUUUUCGUGGGGUAAGGGGCAGCAGGGAAAACAGCUACAUGCAGAUUGUACAAUGCAACUAAUCAUAUACACAAGCCAUCUUUACACUGCAAAGGUGGGACAGAAGCUGUAACUGAAGUGGCAUUUUGGUGUAUUUACACAGAUUAAUCCUGCUCAGAGCAGGCAAAUGCAUUUACACAGCAAUUACAAUUGCAUAACAUUUUUUAUGAGAUUAAUGUUUUAAAUAUAAAAUAGGAAACAAAUGAAAAUAUGAAGUUAUACUUUUAAAUAUGAAACAAAACUAUAAAAUAUAUGCUCUAUCAUGACAACAACAAAGUUUAAGGCUGCUCUGAUGCUGCAUUUCAUUUAAACAGAACCAAAGCAGCAUCAGAGCAGCCUUUGCUACUUGCGGCUGAGGUGGGACAGAACAGGCAUAAUUUAGUCUGGCUUUUAUGCACCAUUGCAUCUUUACACUGAAUUUUGAGCAGGCACAGAGCAGGCUUAAUUCAGCAGUGUAAAGACGCCUAUAAAUAGGCGUAUCCUCUUUUAAAACAGAGGAGAAAAUGCUACAUUUAUUUUGGUGUUGACAUCAAAGACAGCACAUCCAGUCAAACGGCUGUUGUUUAAGUGUUUACAAAAUGGUCUAUUUUUUAAUCAGCCUAAGUUAAUACAUUUUUCACUUUAAAUUUUCCUCCCUGCCCAGUAGGUGGCGAUAUGCACAAAGAAUGUGAAUCAUCAAAAAACAAAAGAAGAUUAAUGUGAAAGUGGAGAUUGAUAGUAAAAAAAAUAAUUAAAUAUUGAUCUGUUUCUCACCCACACUUAUCAUAUCACUUCAGAAGAUAUGGAUUAAAUCCCUGGAGUCGUGUGGAUCACUUUUAUGCUGCCUUUAUGUGCUUUUUGGACCUUUAAAGUUCUGGCCACCAUUCAUUUGCAUUGGACCUACAGAGCUGAAACAUUCUUCUAAAAAUCUUUGUUUGUGUUCAGCAGAAGAAACAAAGUCAUACACAUCUGGGAUGGAUUGAGGGUGAGUAAAUGAUGAGAGCAUUUUCAUGUUUGGGUGAACUAUUCCUUUAAGAAUUUGUUACUGUGGCUCUAGUGUCGCCUGACCAGUAGAUGGCAGUAAGAUGUAAAUUAUAGAUAGUUCACCACAAUACACGACUGAAGCAACAUGUCUGCGCCCUGAACACAUGUGUAAACAAACAUGGAGAAAGGAGUAACCUUGCUCAGGGAAUAACCUAACCGAAACGAUUUAAAAUGUUCCUGUUAUUCAGAGAAACAUCUUUAGCAAUGACAUUACGGCUUUGCGAGACCUUUUUACGGAGAUCUCUGCGAUUUUCGAACAUCCGAAAACUGUCUGCAGCCCCAGAACAUGCGCCACUGUAUCUGCGAGCAGGUUGCUCAGUUUUUCGGCCUCGGAUAUUAAGGAAUGGUCUCUUUCACUGGACUCCGGUCCGUUUGGUGUCCUCAGAUGCUUUUUUGGACAUAUUGCAGAAGGGAAGAGCGGUUGUGUCCGAAGGGGGUCACUGUCAUCACCCUGUCUCUGUCCCAUCAGACAGCGGUCACCAACUUUCUUCAUUGCUGAAAGAUCCUGAUCAGCCUGAAAAGCCCAAAUCUCUUAAAGUGGCCAUAGUGGGUACUGCGAAUGCAGGGAAAUCUACACUGACCAAUCAGCUGCUGGGCAGAAAGCUCUUUGCCGUGUCAGAGAAAGUGCACACAACAAGAUCACGUGCUGCUGGGGUUCUGACAGAGGAUGACACGCAAAUUAUUUUGUUGGACACCCCUGGUCUCACAACCCCAAUAAAGGCUAAAAGACACCUGCUGGAGGAAUCACUUUCGGUGGAUCCUUUUGAGUCCUUGCAAGAAGCGGAUCUAGUGGUGGUAUUAGUUGAUGUCUCUGAUAAAUGGACCCGCAAUAAGCUGGACUAUGAGGUUUUGAAGUGUCUGGCCCUCAAUCCAGAUGUCCCUGCCAUCCUUGUCCUCAAUAAGGUGGACCUACUAAAGAACAAAAUGUUGCUGCUUGACUUCACGGCACAGCUGACAGAGGGGGUGGUGAAUGGAAAGAAGAUCAGGAUGCAGAGUGCGUUGAAACCGUACCGAAGAUUAGCAGCCAAACCCCACAGCAGACACAGCGAAGAACUGAGUUGUGAGAGUGCAGAAGAGGAGUCUCAGGAGAGUAAAAACAGACUGAGCAGAGAGCAGCUGAAGGCUUUGAGGAGAUGCAGUGGGUGGCCACAUUUUAAGGAUGUGUUCAUGCUAAGCGCUGUCGACAGAGAAGAUGUGGAAACAUUAAAGAAGUACCUGAUUGAAGAUGCAAAGCCUCGCCAGUGGCAGUACCACAGUGAAUUGCUUACAGAUCAGACUCCUGAGGAUGUGUGCAUCAAUACUAUAAGAGAGAAACUUCUUGAGUAUCUCCCUCAGGAGGUGCCGUACACUAUGACCCAGCAAAUUGAAAUUUGGAAGGAGUCUGAGGAUGGGGCACUCGACAUAUCAAUCAAACUAUAUGUGAAGAAAGACAGUCAUAUGAAAAUGGUUAUUGGUCCUGGAGGUCAUUUAAUUACCAGAAUAACUCAGGAAGCUAGAAUUGACCUGAUGAACAUUUUCUUGCAAGAAGUGCGUCUAAAAAUAUCUGCGAAGUUGAAGAAGUGAAGUUCACAGCUCAAAUGAUGCAAAGAUAUAUGUGAAUACAUGGAAAGACUUUAAGAGUGAAGCAAUGGACUUAUGCUCAAAAUAUGAUGUAUUUACCACAUUAGGUUAUGCAGAUCAUACUCAUUCCUGUAAAUUCAAGUUUAUCAAAGCCUUUGGCACAUUAAAUUGCUUUUCUGAAUGAUUUUAGCUACAAGAGUAAUGGUCAGUUUCAUUAACAAGAUUAGUUACAAAUCUUACCGCUGUGGUAAACAUGUCUUUACAUAAUACUAAAUGCUUCAAUAAAUCAACAGUUCUUCAAUAAUGACAUAUUAUAGGUGGCUAUAGAUUCACUUUAUCAUUUAUUGUAAAGAAAGAGCAGGCUGACUUUGGUUUAUUGUAUCAUUGUCUGUAUUAAGACGGGCUGUUAUAUGUGGUGGAGACUUUCUGUUAAACAGAUUUUGUUCAGUACUCUGACCUGAACUCUCUCAACUGCAGCUAUACACAUUACUCACUGCUGCUGAGUGGAACAUUUUUUUUAAAUGUGUGUAGCUAUUGCCAUAACCCCAUUUACUCAGUUUUCAUUAGUUGAGUGAAUUAUUGCAUCAUAAUUCAAUGAAGCAAAUGUUGUAAGUAUAGAGCCAGAGUGGUUAAGGUCUACGUGAACUAAGGGAGGUUGCUGAACUGUCUUUGGUAUUGAAGUAUUGUCACUUAUCUUCAGACACCAGAAGGCAGUGCUUUGGCAACAAAUCGACUCGCAUACACUCACAAAUAUGCAGAACUGCACAAAUGGAGCUGGCAUUCUGUGAACACAGUUAUAAAUGUGUACAUAUAUUUUAAUUGAUCUUAAUAUAUAAUUGUGACAUUUAAAGCUAUUUUUCUUUUAAAUACUACAUGUAAAUAAUGUGGUCUAUGUCUUGUUUUUCUCUUUCCCCAUAUUUGUCUCAUCUUUAUUUGCCAAAAUACAAGCAACCCUUUCACCAAAUGCGCUGUAAACCCUAAUGUUGAAAAUAAUGAAUUGUUUUGAGUAGGGAAAAUAAAGUCAUACAAAUUAGUUCAAAUAAAUUAACCUUGAUGAGUAUUUAGAACUUUCCCUUUCUUUUGAGUUUACAAAAUGUACACCUUUUAAGCAACCUGAAUUGUUUUAUUGUUUUGAGUUUAAUGAACUCUUUAAAUUUACAGGAACUUAACUUUAACUGACACUGGACAAGGGAUUUCUGUUUACCAGCAUGCUUUGCAUGGGACAUGACAGGGAGAGUAAAUGUUAAGAUUAAGUGUUAUAUAAUGUGUCUCUGUGCAAGAUGAAUGGAAAGGGAGAGAACUGCUAGUGUUUAAUGUUUUGUUAUUUAGAAGGGUUUCUGUCAUGUUAAAGUUUUUGGGGGUUACUGUUAUAGUGAAUAGUGGAGCUUAAUCUUAGGUUGAGGACAGCUACAUUUUAAGACUGUAAUUUGUCAAUAUUGUUCUACAGUAUAUUGCUCUACUCAUACAGCAAAUGCUAUGCUAAUCAAAGCAUAGUUUUCAUUUAGCAUACAUUCACUAUUCUCUGUACUAGCUAGUUGAGCUUACUAGCUAAUUUAAAAUGUAUGAGUUAGAUUACUCAGUGUUUCAAGUUUAGAGCAAUAAACAUGCAUGUGUAGUA